UUUAAGAUAACAUAACAAGAACCACAAAGGUAACACUUGAUCACAAAUACAUGUCUUCUAAUGGUGCACCAACUUCUUUGGAGCCACAAGAUCCAAUGCCCGUCAUCGACUACUCCUUACUCACAUCUAGAAUUGCUAACGAGCGUUCGAAAGUCAUCCAAGAUAUUGGUAAAGCUUGUGAAGAUUGGGGAUGCUUCAUGUUGGUGAAUCAUGGGAUCCCAGAGAUUUUGAUUGCAGAAAUGAUGCACGCGUCGAAUGAGUUUUUCAAUAUGACAACAGAAGAAAAGCUUGAAUUUGAAGCUCAUGGUGUUUUGGAUCCGAUAAGAUGUAGUACGGGCUUCAAUCCCGACAACAAAGACAAAGACUUGUUGUGGAGGGAAUAUCUUCGGCUCAUUGUUCAUCCUGAUUUUAAUUGUCCUCACAAACCACGUGGUUUUAGUGAACUUGCAUCGAUUUAUGUCAAAAAGACACGUAUGGUUGCAAUGGAAUUGGUGAAGGGGGUUUCAGAAAGCUUAGGGUUUGAAGCAUCGUACAUGAACGAAGAACUAAAUUUAGACUCGGGGUUUCAGUUGUUAGCAAUCAACUAUUAUCCCUCUCUCAUGGAGUUCGAUGGCAAACGGGGGUUAAUGCCACAUACGGAUCAUGGGCUCUUGACUCUACUAUAUGAAAAUGGUGUUCCUGGUCUUGAAGUUCUUCAAAACAGGAAAUGGAUUGGUAUGAGUGAUGUUCCAAAUGCAUUCGCAAUACUAAUUUCAGAUCAUAUGGAGAUAUUUAGCAAUGGGAAAUACAAGAGUAAGUUGCAUCGAACAGUUGUCAACGAUAAACGUACAAGAAUCACACUUGUGAACCCUAACGGACCAUCACUUGACACCACCGUGGGCCCAUCAUCAAGACUUCUAGAACGUGACACGUGUCUCCCUCGCUAUCUCCCAAUGAAAUAUAGCGAAUAUCUCAAGUUGCAAACUAAACUCACAACGGAAGGAAAGCACGCCUUCGACAAAAUCCGACUCUUAUAAAACUUCCAAUUUUUUGUUUCCUUUUUAUAUUUGUUUGUAACGUUAUUAUCCAUAAAUCUCCC